CUGCCAAAGAAACUUUGACUUUUCCUUCUAAAUCCAGCGAAUUGCUGCAGCCACUUAUGAAAAGCCAACACCAAUUUACACAAACCUUUAUAGAGAGAUUCAAUCAAACCGAGUAUCCCACUUUUCAAAUUACUUUCAUGAAUCCAAACAACAAAGUGAUUUCUUUCAAAUACUGUACCACUUCAUAGGAUGCACGCAAUUUUUUCUCUGAUCUUUCAUGUGAAACGGUAAAAUACUAAAUCUGAGUACUUAGCAGAGAUUUAGCUGUCUUUUUUGGAGAGACAAUUUUUGGACAUGCCCUUGAUUUCACACACAUAUAUAUAUAUUGGAUCAAAGAGAUAGCAAUUGUGAAGGGUGAAAGAGCUUGUCAAGAAUUGAAGCAUCUUCAACCAUGACUACUCCUUUGGCUUACCAAGAACACCUUCCUGCAGCACCCGGAUGGCUGAACAAAGGGGACAACGCUUGGCAGUUAACAGCAGCAACUCUUGUUGGUCUUCAAAGCAUGCCAGGUCUUGUGAUUCUCUAUGCCAGCAUAGUAAAGAAAAAGUGGGCUGUUAACUCGGCUUUCAUGGCUCUCUAUGCCUUUGCAGCAGUUCUCAUUUGUUGGGUGCUUGUGUGUUACCGAAUGGCCUUUGGGGAGGAACUUUUGCCCUUCUGGGGUAAGGGUGCCCCAGCACUGGGUCAAAAGUUUCUCACAAAACGAGCCAUAGUUAUGGAAACCACCCACCGCUUUGAUAAUGGGACUGUUGAGACCCCUGCUGAAGAACCCUUUUAUCCCAUGGCUACACUUGUUUAUUUCCAAUUCACUUUUGCUGCUAUUACUCUCAUCUUGUUGGCUGGUUCUGUCCUUGGCCGAAUGAACAUCAAGGCUUGGAUGGCUUUUGUGCCUCUUUGGUUAAUCUUUUCUUACACUGUUGGGGCUUUCAGUCUCUGGGGUGGUGGCUUUCUCUAUCAAUGGGGUGUCAUAGAUUACUCUGGUGGCUAUGUCAUCCACCUUUCCUCUGGAAUCUCCGGUUUAACUGCUGCUUAUUGGGUUGGGCCAAGGUUGAAGAGUGACAGAGAGAGGUUUCCACCAAACAAUGUGCUACUGAUGCUUGCAGGUGCAGGGUUGUUGUGGAUGGGUUGGUCAGGGUUCAAUGGCGGAGCACCAUAUGCUGCAAAUAUUGCAUCUUCAGUUGCUGUGCUGAACACAAACAUUGCAGCAGCCACAAGCCUCCUUGUAUGGACAACUUUGGAUGUCAUUGUCUUCGGGAAACCUUCUGUGAUUGGAGCUGUGCAGGGCAUGAUGACUGGUCUUGCAUGCAUCACACCAGGAGCAGGGCUUGUGCAAUCGUGGGCUGCUAUAGUGAUGGGAAUAUCAUCUGGGAGCAUUCCAUGGGUCACCAUGAUGAUUUUGCAUAAAAAGUCAACAUUGUUGCAACAGGUGGAUGACACCCUUGGUGUGUUUCACACGCAUGCCGUGGCUGGGUUUUUGGGUGGUCUUCAAACAGGUCUAUUUGCAGAACCAGCUUUGUGUAGGUUACUAUUGCCGGUUACGAACUCAAGGGGUGCGUUCUAUGGAGGAGAAGGUGGCAUGCAAUUCGUGAAGCAAUUGGUGGCGGCGAUGUUUGUGAUUGCAUGGAACUUGGUGUCCACCACCAUCAUUCUCCUUUUCAUACAACUGUUCAUACCGUUGAGGAUGCCGGACGAGCAGCUGGAGACCGGCGACGACGCCGUCCACGGGGAGGAAGCGUAUGCCCUAUGGGGUGACGGAGAAAGAUAUGACCCAACCAGACAUGGGUCCUUGCAGACUUCCAACACUGCUGUCUCACCUUAUGUGAAUGGUGCAAGAGGAUUCACUAUAGACCUGUAGCUUAUGAAGUUAAUCUACGUUUCAUAAGAUUAGUAGAUGAUGAAUCACCGAGUGCUGUAAGUAGAAAUUUGGUUCUGUCAUUUUUGUGGUAAGAGAUCUUCGAUGUACUUUAACAUUCAUUGUGUAAAUUUUUUCUCCAGUUCCUCCAGCAGAGAAGUUAGAGUUAUCUAUUGCUGAUAAA